CUACAAAAUUGAAGCACUUUUCUGAUUUCAAACUUGGGAUUUCCAUUCCUGUUCGAGGAGAGACUAGCGAACUGCUUAACGUAGAUGGAGAAAAGAAUGAUUAUGAUUGGUUAUUAACUCCCCCCGACACCCCUCUUUUUCCUUCACUGGACGAUGAACCGCCAACAGUUACUACUGCACGCAGGGGCAGACCUAGGAGUCAGCCCAUUUCCAUAUCAAGAUCAUCAACGAUGGAGAAGAGUUACAGAAGUAGCAGGGGCAGCGCCAGUCCAAAUCGCUUGAGCCCAUCACCCAGGUCUACUAGCGGUACAUUUCAAUCAAGGGGAAGGCCCUCUUCUGCCCCUCAGUCUAGUCCAACCCCUAGUGUACGUGCUGCUACACCAACGCGAAGGCCAUCUCCUCCUCCAAAUAAACCUUCUACGCCUGCUCCUGGAUAUCUGACUCCAACUCCCCGGAGGGCGAGUACAGGCUCAAGCACGGCAGCUUCCACUGGGGUAAGGGGAAGUUCUCCUAUCCGUACAAGUCGUGGGAAUUCUGCUUCACCAAAAAUCAGUGCAUGGCGGUCAAACAUUCCUGGUUUCUCUUUAGAUGCACCACCCAAUCUUCGAACUUCUCUGACAGAUCGACCAGCAUCAUAUGUGAGGGGUUCCUCACCAGCAUCCAGAAAUGGUAAAGAUUCAGCUAUAAAAUAUGGUAGGCAUUCUAUGUCUCCCACUGCUUCUCGAAGUGUCAGUUCAUCUCAGAGUCAUGAUCGAGAUCGAUUUAGC